AUGGCAGGCAACACCACGGUCAUGGAGACCAACACCACGGCCACACUGAUGGCCACCACGGUUGGCAACACCACGGCCACCACCAUGGGAAGUAAUGCCACGGUCACACUACCAACCCCUCUGGAAAGCAGCACCAUGGCCACCACCCUUGAAAGUAACACCACGGCCACACUGGUGACCAUCAUGGUUGGCAACACCACGGCCACCACCAUGGAAAGCAACACCACGGCCAUGGAGAGCAACACCAUGGCCACACUGAUGACCACCACGGUUGGCAACACCACAACCACUACCAUGGGAAGCAACACCACCACCGUGGAGAGCAACACCAUGGCCACCACCACAGUUGGCAACACCACAACCAUCGCUCUGGCAGGCAACACCACGGCCACGUUACUGACCCCCACGGAGAGCAACACCACCACUAACCCCAUGGAAAGCAACACCACGACCAUGGAGAGCAACACCAGGGCCACCACCGUGGAGAGCAACACCACGGCCACCACCAUGGAAAGCAACACCACGGCCAUGGAGAGCAACACCAGGGCCACCACCGUGGAGAGCAACACCACGGCCACCACCAUGGAAAGCAACACCACGGCCAUGGAGAGCAACACCAGGGCCACCACCGUGGAGAGCAACACCACGGCCACCACCAUGGAAAGCAACACCACCACCGUGGAGAGCAAUAGCCUGGCCACCACCACGGCAGGCAACACUACGGCCAUGGAGACCAACACCAUGACCACACUGAUGACCACCACGGUUGGCAACAUGACAGCCACCACCGUGGAGAGCAACACCACGGCCACCACCCCGCCAAGGAACACCACAGACGUUCUCCUGGCCGACUCCACCACCACCUCUGCCACCCCAGCGCUGGCUCAGCCCAACACCACCCAUGUGAUGUCCCCGGGUGCCACCACGGGGUGCGCCGGGAACUGCACCAGCCCCGUCACCAAGACCACGACGAUGUCCACCACCGCCACCGCUUGGUCUUCUUCAACCAACGAUGAGGAGGAUGAUGAGGAGGAUGGACAUGGGUCCAACCCUGAGGAUGAGGAGGAUGAAGAUGAGGAUGAGGAUGAAGAUGAGGAUGAGGAGGAUGAGGAGGAGGAUGGCCAGGUGUCUCAGCGCAUGGUCCUCGGGGAGGGG